AUCACCAUCGCUCAAGGAGCUUGAUUCCAUUAUUAUGCCACCCCGUACCACCAGAUCUAACAAAUCUAACAAAUCUAAAUCUACGAUCUUGUCUUCUCUUCCUGUUGUUUCUACUCUUUUCCUCGUGUCUCAAUCCCUGCCUAUGAAAAUCUUCGGCUUCCCCCACAUGAAAUAAAGCUUAAAUCGAGGUGGUCGUGUGUGUACAUAAGACUCGGCCAUAACUUACAUCUUUCAUUGGAUACAAGGCCUCGUCCUCUACGGUACACAGAACUAAGACAAAGCUAUAGACUAUUCUGUCACCAUGUCGGACUCAAGCAGCAGUCGACGGACAAGUCGCAACUACGAUACAGGCUUUCCGGAUGCAUUCGCUGAAUAUACCACUUCUCUGCGUCAUCCAGAAGCAAACGUUAGUCCAGGGGCUUGUAUUUCAGCCGAGGAUAUUGAUCCGUCGAAAACACUACACCGGACGCAUAGGUCCUUCCUAGCGAAGCAUAAGCGUACCAUCGCUCACGGUAGAAUCGGUCAGAACACGAGCCAAAAACACUCGAACAGUUCGGUCGUGAUCCUUCCCACAGCUGACAGUGCUGUUGACGUAGGUGACCUGAAACGUACAGGCACGAACGGAAGCAUUGGACAUUCAUCUAAGGAUGGGGCUGAGAGCAUCGAUCGCAUGGAGGUAUCUACUAACGGGGAUAGCUCUCCGUCCUCCCCUACAGACGAACAUGACCUCGCUGACGAUGGGCGGCAAAGAAACAAGCUCUUCCGAAAAUGGCGCGUUCAGAAGGACUAAGGGAAUUGGGGCGGACGGUCGACGAUAGACUGCGACAAUUAUUGAAUCACGGGUAAAGAGUCGGUAUCAGAUCAGCUGUUAGGAGCCAGGGAUAUUAGGUAGGUAACUAGUAAUUUGCGACUUGGGAGACUUGGGGGCUCGACGCCGAGGGGCUUGGUUCAAACUUUGGUUCUCAGCAUGGAGUAUGGUUCAUGGCGGAGUUUGAAGGGUUUGAUAAAAUAAUCAAUUAGAAGAGAGUUUGGGAAUAAGUACGACCUUGGCUGCAUAUCACCUAGGAGAUGCCGGCAAGGUUGAAAAUACCUAACAUCCAGAUUGCUUAAGCUACAUGUAGUUAUGUACCUAGGUACAUUUCUGAAUAUGGUUUACGUCCUUUCAGAAGGUACCGUCACAAUACAUGUUUAAUACAUGUUUAAUCUCUCUUUCCUCUUUCCUUCUUUUAAACACUACUGAAUCCUAUAUUUAU